AUGCACUCAACUGCUUUCAGAGAAAGGAUGCUGUGGGUUACACUUCUAAGCAUAAUUGCACUUGGAUGGACAACUCAAAUCCCUCUGUUGGAUGACUCAGAAGAAAUUGAUGAACCUUGUUUUGAGCCCUGCUUUUGUGAGGUAAAAGAGGGACUGUUCCACGUUCAUUGCGGCAGCAAAGGAUUUACAAAUAUUAGCCAGGUAUCGCAGUCUUGGCAAAGGCCGUUCAAGCUCUACCUGCAGAAAAAUUCUCUACGGAAGCUUUAUUUCAACAGUUUUCUGCACUUGAACAAUGCGGUGGCCAUUAAUCUGGGGAAUAAUGCCCUGCAGGACAUUCACGUUGGAGCGUUUAAUGGGCUGAGCUCUCUGAAGAGACUAUACCUGCAUGAGAACAAGCUGGAAGUGUUCAAGAAUGAUACGUUCUUGGGACUGGAGAACUUGGAAUACCUUCAGGCUGACUACAAUGUGAUCAAGAGAAUAGAUAGCGGUGCAUUUAGGAACCUACACAAACUAAGAGUUCUCAUUCUGAAUGACAAUUUGAUACCCAUGCUGCCCAGUUUUCUUUUCAGAUCUGUUUCGUUAACACAUCUUGAUUUGCGUGGGAACAGGCUUAAAACGUUGUCCUACAAAGGCACCCUGGAAUAUAUUGGUCGCAGUCUGAUGGAGAUCCAGUUGGAAGAGAAUCCCUGGAACUGUGUAUGUGACAUAAUUCAGCUACAGGCCUGGUUGGAACACAUUCCAUAUACAGCGGUGGUUGGUGAGAUCACAUGCGAGUAUCCUUUUCAUCUUCACGGAAAAGACCUGAGGGAAAUCAAACGCAGCGAGCUCUGCCCAACGCUGAGCGAUGCAGAACUGGAGGCAAGUUUGGGAAUCCCUCAUUUGCCUUUCUACACUGGCCGAGUAAGGCCCACGAAACCCUCCUCCAUGGUCUCCCCCAAUCAAAAUGCUGCCUCCUCAGUGGAACACAGAGAACGACCCCCAAAACCAACAAAAAAAGUAAGGCCUUCCAAGACCCCACCAACACCACGUAGUGUCUUCCCAAAUCAGCCACCCAUUGCUGGGUAUCAAACAAGACCACCCAUACCAAUCAUAUGUCCAACUGGGUGCAUGUGUAAAUUGCAUAUUAAUGACCUUGGCUUGACAGUGCACUGCAAGGAAAACAGAUUUCGUAAUAUUUCUGAAUUAAUUCCACGACCUUUGAAUGCCAAGAGACUUUUUCUUAGUGAAAAUCUCAUACAAAAAAUCUACAAGUCGGAUUUCUGGAACUUCUCGAGUCUUGAAUUUUUGCACUUAGGGAACAAUCAAAUAUUUUAUAUUCAAGAGGGGGCCUUUGUCAAUCUACCCAAUUUGAGAAGACUCUAUUUGAAUGGUAACAACCUUGAGAGACUGACUCCUGACAUGUUCCAUGGACUUCAGAAUCUUCAUUACUUGUAUUUUGAGUAUAACGAAAUACGAGAAAUCCAGCCUGCCACCUUCAAAUUGAUGCCGUCCCUGAAGCUGGUUUUUCUGAACAACAACCUCUUACGAACAUUGCCUGUCGGUGCUUUUGAAGGGACUUCGCUUUUACGUCUGAAUCUACGUAACAACCACUUCCAUCGUUUACCCGUCAGUGGAGUUCUGGAACACCUGCAUGCCGUGGUCCAGAUUGACCUAGAACAGAACCCCUGGGACUGCUCGUGUGACAUCAUUCCUAUGAAAGAGUGGCUGGACAUGCUAAGCUCUGUGGUUGUGGUGGGAGAAGUCUUCUGCAAGACUCCGGAAUCGGUCUCAGGGAAAAAUUUACGGCUACUUAAUUCAGAGGUGAUUUGCCCAGAGCUUCAGCAGUCCCCCGUCUAUCCGACCGAAUCGGAAAAUGAGCUUUCGACUCCGUUCCCUGGCCCAGGUCCCCACCCACCAAAAGGUGCCAUACCUCUUUCUGUGCUUAUUCUCAGCCUCCUGGUUCUGUUUGUGUCUGCUUUCUUUGCGGCUGCUGCCCUCUGUGUGUAUGCGUUAAAGAAGCGCGAGAAGUUGCCCUUCAGGAGGCAAGGGGAAGUCGGACUGGCUGGUAUUCAGAUGGAAUGCGGAAUAUUUACGGAACAGCCACCCACCUUACCGGAGACUCCUCCUUCCAAUCACGUGUAUGAUAGCAUCCCUGCCACCUCCACACACACAAGCAGUAACCCCAUUUACAAGCCGCAGCAGGAGGAGGCUGAACAGCAGACGUUUUUAGACGCUAAAGAGAGCGGAUCGAAUUUCCGAACUUUGGCCGAGAAAGAGAAGGAGUGGACAAUGGCUGUCUCUAGCUCUCCAAUCAACACCAUUGUCAGUGUGGGACCACCCUGUGGUGACUUAGCUGGCUUUCAUGAAAAUGGAAUACUCUGUCCAACAGUGAUUGACAGCCAAGGCCCCACUCCCAAGGUAGACUUUGUGGACAGCCUCUUUGGCUCGGCAUCCCGGUACAACGGUCUGUCGGAUAGGCACGCGCACCCUCCCCCUGAGUAUCCACAUGCAAACCAGGAUGCCAGACUAAAGCAAACACUCACAAGCAGCACAGGGACAAGGACAGGAUGUCCUAAUCAAACCCAAAGUGAUUACCCUGAGCUGAGGGCUAGACUGAAAACCAAGUUGGAUUACAUUGAUAUGCUGGAGAGGUCAUAUCAAUUCUAA